AUGAGCUUCAAAUCUAUUGACCGGUUAAUUAGGAGGAAUAGUAAGACCAAAAUUUCUCGGAAUACUGUUGAUGGUAUUUAUGAUCAGAAGGAAGAGCAAUAUGUGCAAUCCUUGAGGGAGUUACUUCUUGCAAACAACCAGCUUCCCGAGAAGUUUGACGACUAUCAUAUCCUACUACGCUUUCUAAAAAUGAGAGGAUUCAACAUAGUAAAAGCAAAAGAAAUGUUUUUAAAUAUGCUAAAAUGGCGUGAAGAAUGUGCUGUUGAUGCCAUUGCAAAGGAUUUUAAAUUUGAAGAAUAUGAUGCUGUAAAAAAAUGUUAUCCUCAUGGAUUUCAUGGAGUGGAUAGAUUUGGCAGGCCAUUGUAUAUUGAAAGGAUUGGCUUGGUGGAUCUCAAUAAGCUCAUGCAAGUAACUAGCACUGAUCGAUAUGUAAAAUAUCAUAUAUCAGAACAAGAGAAAACUUUAUCUUUAAGAUAUCCAGCUUGCUCCCUUGCUGCUAAGAAGCACAUAGGCUCUACAACAGCCAUAUUCGAUGUGAAAGGAUUGGGCAUGAAUAACUUUUCAAAAUCUGGAAGGGAGCUGUUCAUAGAGAUUCAAAAGAUAGACAGCAAUUACUAUCCAGAGACAUUAAAUCAACUAUACAUAAUCAAUGCUGGUUCUGGAUUUAGAGCACUGUGGAAAGUGUUAAAAGCAUGCAUGGAAGCAAGAACUUUAGCCAAGAUUCAGGUUUUAGGGACCAAUUACCUUGGUACAGUACUAGAAGCAAUUGACCCAAGUAAUUUACCAGACUUCUUAGGUGGAACAUGUACUUGUUCUGCUACUGGAGGGUGCUUGCUCCAAGAUAAAGGACCUUGGAUUGACCAGGAAAUUUCUCGAGCUUCUAAGGGUGUGCUUGGUAAAGGUCAGAAAUCUUUUGAUGAUAUGAAUACUACAGUUACCAGCGAAGACUUCCCUAGUCACCAGGAGCCUUCUGUAGGAAAAAUGCAUCCCAUUUCUGGCUGGAAACGUACUCUUGGCAUGUUGCUGAAGGAUAACCAGGUUGAAAAUGAUAUGAAUGGAAAUAUUCAACAGAGUAAAGUCAGCGAACAAAUCUCAGAGAAGAUCCAAGAACUUGAAAAUUGCUCUGCUCAGACCCAGGAGACCCUGCAAACGCUACUACAGAAGCAGAAUGAGCUUGCAAACCACAUUGAACAGUUAAGGAAACUCCUCCGGGAGGCCGUAGAUGCAGACAACAAAUCAAGCGUCCUAAUCUUGAAGUGAAAAAGGCGUUCUUUUCAGCAGGAAGUGAGGCGAGAAAAUUAAACCAGCAUACCAUUAUAGAAAACAAUAGACACGCCGGAUGAUCUGAUUCCUUAGUCGUUAGCCCCUUGGCUGGUAUAACACUAAGCAAAGAAAGCAAUCGUACACCAUGAUGAUCUCAAAACGCUAUGUAAAUUCUUUGCACGCAUGCUGCGUCAUGUACCGCAUCUUCUCAGAAGGAAGAAGUGUUAUAUGUGUUACUUGUCAAAAUUUCUCAUCCCAUGCUAAGUUCACCUUAGUGAACGCAGAAUACU